UGCCUGUGCACACUUCUAAAAACGCCCUGAGUUUUCGCGGGAAAAAAAAAAAAAAGCCCUAGCAGCUGGAAGGAUCGCGCGCUCUGGGGCUCACUGAGGUCUUCGGCCACUCACGCGGUCCCCUCCUGGGUCAUCCAGCCAGAGCCCUAACCUAGAGCAGACGAGAGGAGGGUGCGGAUCGCCGCCGCCGGAGAGCAUAUCGGCACCAUGUGGAUCCAGGUUCGAACCAUGGAUGGGAAGGAGACGCACACCGUGGACUCCCUGUCCAGGUUGACCAAGGUGCAGGAGCUGAGGAAAAAGAUUGAGGAGCUGUUUCACGUGGACCCGCAGCUGCAGAGACUGUUUUACCGGGGCAAACAGAUGGAGGAUGGUCACACACUCUUCGAUUACGACGUGCGCCUCAAUGACACGAUCCAGCUGCUGGUGCGCCAGAGCCUGGCACUACCUCUCAGUACGAAGGAACGGGACUCGGAGCUCUCAGACUCUGACUCUGGCUACGGUGUGGGCCAGAGUGAGUCAGACAAGUCAUCCAUGCAUGGCGAAGGGGCUGCUGAAGGGGAUGACAAGAGUAUGUGGGAGGACACGGAGCUGGGGCUGUACAAGGUUAAUGAGUAUGUGGACGUGCGUGACAGCACCUUGGGCGCGUGGUUUGAGGCCCAGGUGGUCCAGGUACAGAAGAGAGCCCUGUCUCUGGAAGAGCCCUGCAGCUCCAGUGCCAUUAUGAGCCUGGAGGAUGACAUCAUGUACCACAUCAAAUAUGAUGACUACCCAGAGCAUGGAGUGGAGGUUGUCAAGGCCAAGGAUGUCCGUGCUCGUGCCCGAACUCUGGUCCCAUGGCAGGACCUGGAGGUGGGCCAGGUGGUAAUGGCCAACUACAACGUGGACUACCCCAGGAAACGCGGCUUCUGGUAUGACGUUGAGAUCUGUCGGAAGCGCGAGACCAGGACGGCACGAGAGCUGUAUGGCAACGUCAUGCUCGCGAAUGACUCUCAGCUCAACGACUGCCGGAUCAUGUUCGUGGAUGAAAUCUUCAAGAUCGAGCUCCCUGAUGAAAGAAGCCCCUUGAUCGGGAGCCCCUCGCAACCCCCUCCUGCACUCCGGAACACAGGGACGAGCGGCCCGUCCUGCCAGUACUGCAAGGAUGACGAGAACAAACCGUGUCGCAAGUGCGCCUGCCAUGUGUGCGGCGGGCGUGAGGCUCCCGAGAAGCAGGUGCUCUGUGACGAGUGUGACAUGGCCUUCCACCUGUACUGCCUGCAGCCGCCGCUCACCUGCGUCCCCCCUGAACCGGAGUGGUACUGCCCCAGCUGCCGGACCGACUCCAGCGAGGUGGUGCAAGCAGGGGAAAAGCUGAAGAAGAGCAAGAAGAAGGCAAAGAUGGCAUCGGCCACCUCCUCCUCUAGGCGGGACUGGGGCAAGGGCAUGGCCUGUGUAGGCCGCACUACGGAGUGUACCAUCGUGCCCUCCAACCAUUUCGGGCCCAUCCCCGGCGUCCCCGUGGGCACCAUGUGGCGCUUCAGAGUCCAGGUCAGUGAGUCUGGUGUGCACCGGCCACAUGUGGCGGGCAUCCAUGGCCGGAGCAAUCAUGGUGCCUACUCCUUGGUGCUGGCCGGCGGCUACGAGGAUGAUGUGGACAACGGGAAUUUCUUCACGUACACGGGCAGUGGCGGCCGGGACCUCUCUGGCAACAAGCGCACCGCGGGACAGUCCUCUGACCAGAAGCUCACCAAUACCAACAGGGCUCUAGCCCUCAACUGCUACACGCCAAUCAAUGAGAAGGGAGCGGAGGCCAGUGACUGGCGCCAGGGGAAGCCGGUGCGUGUGGUCCGCAACGUGAAGGGCGGGAAGCACAGCAAGUUCGCGCCCGCCGAGGGGAACCGCUACGACGGCAUCUACAAGGUGGUGAAGUACUGGCCAGAGAAGGGGAAAUCCGGCUUUCUGGUAUGGCGCUACCUCCUGCGGCGAGAUGACACAGAGCCUGAGCCCUGGACCCGGGAGGGCAAGGAGCGCAUACGACAGCUGGGGCUCACCAUGCAGUACCCCGAAGGCUACUUGGAGGCAUUGGCUAACAGGGAGAAGAACAGGAAGCGGAAGGCCAAGGCCUUGGAGCAGGGACCCUCAUCCUCCAAGACAGGCAAAAGCAAGCGCAAGUCCACAGGCCCGGCCACUUCCAGCACACGUGUGUCUAAGAGGAGCAGAGUGGAGCAGUACACGCUCCCAGCGCCGCAGGCCAACCUCAUCAAGGAGGACAAGAGCAACGCCAAGCUGUGGGACGAUGUGCUGAGCUCCCUUCAGGAUGGGCCGUACCAGGUCUUCCUGAACAAGGUGCAGGAGGCUUUCCAGUGCAUCUGCUGCCAGGAGCUGGUGUUCCGGCCUGUCACCACUGUGUGUCAACACAAUGUUUGUAAGGACUGCCUGGACAGGUCCUUCCGUGCCCAGGUGUUCAGCUGUCCAGCCUGUCGAUGCGAACUGGACCACAGCUCCCCAACCCCGGUGAACCAGCCUUUGCAGACCAUUCUCAACCAGCUCUUCCCUGGCUAUGGCAGUGGCCGGUGAUGCCCUGCAGCUCUGCUCCGAGAUCGUAGUGGGUUUAGCUUGAAGGUGUUUGUCCUACAUCUGCCCUGGUCGCCAGUUAACCAAGGCGCCUGCAGGGAUCCCGUGUUCUGGCUACCAGUUGGACUUCUGUUUUUCUUUUUCUUUUUCUUUUCAUACAAAGCCUGCAGUUUAUUCUCUAAGAGAAGGAAAAAAGAAACUGCUUUUUUUUUUUUUUUCUGUGCGUGUGUGUAUGAAGAUGGAUUUAAGAAACCGUUCAGCCCCAUACCAGACCUCAACGUCAUGUUGUCAGGGGUUCUCACCCCAACACCAGCUGCCUAGAACAAUCUGCAACCAUCCUUGAAAAGGCCGGGCAGUCAUCCCCUAGGGCCUUCAUUGGAGUCCUGGGGUCAUAGGGCCCUGGGCCAGCCUCAGCCCUGGCCUUGCCAUCCCAACCAGUGCCAACCUAGCUGACAACUACCUCAGCGGGACUUGGCGGUAGCUUCAGGCCAGGGGACCAGCUGAGCCAAAGCUGCUUGUGCCUUGGCUUUUGCCCCUCCUCCCACUGCCCUCAGCAUUGAACUGUUGAGUCCUCACCUCAGAAGCCUGGCUGGGGUGUGUACUGGCUGGGUGUCCUGGGGGUCUGAGGUGUACUGUCGGUUCCCAUCAGCAACUGAGAGUUUCUGAAUUUUUCUUUUUUCUUUUUUCUUAAUUUUUUUUUUUUUUAUGGGAUGAAUGGUUUCAAUGAAUUUUUUUUGUAGUUACAGCCUGUGCAAUGUUUUCAUUGGUUACUUUUUGUUUCCGUUUGUAUCUUGUGACUUUACCAAAGUGUGCAGGCUGUACCUCAGUAAAACAUGGAAACUGACCCAACAACUGCAGGCGACUGGACAGCACUGUUUUAAGGAUCAUGUUUUGUUUUUGUUUUUUUUUUUUCCUUGUAGAUCAUUAACAUAUUGGAGAAAACAAAAUUCCGUGUGGAUGUUUUCUAAAGUUCAAUAUUUUCAGAUUUUAGAGCUCAGAAUAAAUUUGUUUUUCUGCAGAUAUA